AUCACUAAGAAUUCCCUGAAGAAAAUCCUUCUUCAGCUGAAAUGCCAUUUCACAUGGAACUUAAAUGAAGAAAGUGCUACGGAUGAUCUAGAAGACAGAGUGUGUAACCAGAUUGAAUUCUUAAACACUGAGUUCAAAGCUACUAUGUACAAUCUGUUGGCCUAUAUAAAACACCUGGAUGGUCAAAACGAGGCAGCCCUGGAAUGCUUGCAGCAAGCUGAAGAGUUAAUCCAGCAAGAACAUGCUGAUGAAGCAGAAAUCAGAAGUCUGGUCACAUGGGGAAACUAUGCCUGGGUCUACUAUCACAUGGGCAGGUUCUCAGAAGCACAGAGAUAUGCAGACAAAGUGAAACAAACCUGUGAGAAGUUUUCAAAUCCUUACAGUAUUGAGUGUCCGGAAAUUGACUGUGAAGAAGGAUGGACAUGGUUAAAGUGUGGAGGGAUGCAUAAUGAAAGGGCGAAGGUAUGUUUUGAAAAGGCUCUGGAAGAGAAACCCAACAACCCAGAAUUUGCCUCUGGACUGGCAAUUGCAGUGUACCGUUUGAAUGACAAACCACAGAAGCAGUUCCCUUUUGAAACUUUGAAGCAGGCCAUCGAACUGAGUCCUGACAACCAAUAUAUUAAAGUUCUCUUGGCUAUAAAACUUCUGAAGAUAUUUAAAGAAGCUGAAGGGGAGUCCUUAGUUGAGGAGGCCCUGGAGAAAGCGCCUUACCAAACAGACGUCCUUCGCAGUGCAGCCAAAUAUUACAAAUUAAAGGGUAACCUAGACAAAGCUAUUGACCUGUAUCUAAGGACACUGGAAGCCACACCAAACAAUAGUCACCUCUUUUACCAGAUUGGAUGCUGCUACAAGAAAAAAAUCACACAGUUGCAGAACACAGAAGAAUCUAUAGCUAUUGGGCAUAGAGAAAAGAUUGAAGAACUAAGGGAAUGUGCUAUAGAAUAUUUAAAGAAAGCUCUUGAUAGGAAAGUAAAUGAUCCUUUCAUAUACACCAAUCUUGCUGAACUUGUAGCACAAAAAGGUCACUACAGAGAAGCAAAAGAAUAUUACAAGAUAGCGUUGGAUAAGGAUGUUGAGAGGGAGCAACUCCAUCAAUGCUUUGGCAACUUUCAGGAAUAUCACAUGAAGUCUGAAGAUACUGCUGUGGAACAUUAUUUGGAGGGUUUGCAGAUAAGCAAACAUUCAUCAGAGAAGGAAAAGAUGAAAUGCCAGCUGCAGGACAUAGCUGAAAAACCGCUUUCACAAAAUGCACCAAAUUCUUGGUAUCACCAAGGAUUCGUUCACAAGAUGAAUGGAGAUAAGCUGCAAGCAGUGGAAUGCAAUGAGAAGGGCCUAGGUUGCCUACUAAAAAGCAGUCCUUCAGGUACAGGCAGCGUAUUCCUUCUAGAAUCGGAGCUUGAGGAGGGCAAGGAGGAGAAGAGUCAGAGCACAUAGAGCUCCACUCUCAGAGAGCUCCCCAACCCCUGA